AUGUCCAAGUGUACAUGUUUACUUCCAGAGGUAUCGAUAGAAAACACAGAUGGUCACUUGGGCGUCCACGUUCACCUACGUUUUAGACAGAGCCCUGAAACACAGUCGGUAGACACAUCCACUAGGAUCAAAGUCGGCAAGAGUAGAUCUCGAUGGCGUAAGCAGAUAGACGAACGAUAUCGACGAUUAUGGCGUGCGUGUACGACCAAGCCAGCAGACGGUCGAGAUUCAAACUUUACUCCACUAAACCUACGUCACUUCCAGUACAACCACAAACACAGGAUGUUCUACUGUGGCGUUGAGAAAAGUGGCUCUACAUUUUGGCGUCGACUUCUUCAACAAAUAGACAAAGGCGUUAUCAUUAGCCCAUACAACAUUAGGCCCGAAAACGGAUUGCUAAAUUACAGAAACCUUGUAAAUGAAACAUUAGAUGAAUUGGAUGACAUUUUAAAGUUUUCUGUCAAGUUCAUGGUUGUCAGAGACCCAUAUACUAGAUUACUUUCUGGAUAUAUAGACAAGUUAUUCUCGCCUAAUGUUUAUUUCUGGGACUCUAUAGGGGAACACAUCGUACGGAUGGUCCGACCUAACGCUACUAUGAAGAGUAAAACUUGUGGACAUGAUGUGACGUUUUUAGAAUUUGUUAAAUAUGUCAUCAAAUCUCAGACGACAGGUGAGAAAAAAGACAGCCACUUUAUGCCGGCGUUUGAGAUAUGCAAUCCAUGUAAAGUUAAAUUCGACAUUAUAAGUCAUAUGGAGACAUUUAAAUAUGAUGUGAGGUACAUUCUAGAAACUUUCAACCUUCGGUCGUACUUGAGCGUUAUAGACGGUUCGUCAUAUAACAUGAUAAAUGAUACUAUAUAUGAUAUUGCACAAGCUUUUGUGUCAAUGAGAACAGACAUAAGAAGAUGUGUGGAUGUUCACACUGCACUUUUGAGAAUUUGGAAAAAGCUGCAAAUCAAAGGCAUUGUCAGUUUAGAUACACCAUGUCCCUUUACAAAAGCUGAAGUGUUUGAUUUGACACUAGAUUCAAUGAUAAGUGUCAUCAGAAAAGCUUUCGAUUCAGCUUCACUUAAUGCAUUGAAAUCACAAAGGAAGUCCUUGUUUUUGCAGUAUUAUAGCCAGAUACCAUUAGAUGUACUACGUAAGCUAGCGUAUGUGUUUCAGAAUGAUUUUGACUACUUUGGAUACGAGCAGUAUCCAAAAGUCUUGUUUAAACGAGCUGGCACUGAAUAAAUGAUUGGUUAAAGCAUAUUAUCGAACCUUUACCUCUUGUAAGUACCUUCCACAGUUUGUCGAUCUCGAAUACCUGCUAAGAUUCAAAAGUUUUAAGAAUCAGUAUGUCUCUAAGUCUGUCCGUAAUGAAAAA